UAAGAAAAAGGAGGGCGUUUUCAAAAUGAAACAGUUGGCUUUGCUUUUGCUGUGCACACAGCUGCUGUCUGUUUGGGCCGUGAGUGAGCCAAUCUAUCCUCUGAAUCCUGGCUCCUGUGAAUGCCCAGAUGCUGUGGCUGCUGCAGACCUGGCCCUGAGGAAAAUCAAUAGUCACCGGAAACAAGGCUACAUAUUCAGCUACCACCGCCUUUCCAAUGUCAACCAAAAGCAGCAGGGACCGAGGGGGACUGUAUUUUACCUGACGAUAGAUGUUCUGGAAACAUCAUGCAACGUUCUUAGCAAGAGGCUGUGGACCAGCUGUGAAGUGAGACCAUUAACUGAGGCUGUUUAUGGACAAUGCCAGGCAACAAUUUACAUUAAUAAAGUACAAAGAGCUGUUCAGCUCUACAACUACAACUGCUCUUUAAGGCCAGUUCCACGCAACAGAGUUCAUGAUAUCUGUCUGAACUGUCCAGAAGCACGCAUGGUGGAUGAUCCUGCUGUGUUAAAUGCUACACAGUUGGUCCUUCAAAAGUAUAACAAUGAAAGCCCACAUUCAAAAUAUUUUGCUCUUCUGAAUGUGACUAAAGCAUCGGAGCAGGCCCUUGUGGCUAAGAAAUAUGCAAUGGAAUUCACAAUCCAGGAGACGGUGUGCCCCAAGGUCACACACAGGGGGGAUGUCUCCCAGUGUGAGUUAAUGACCUGCGAGUUUGCUCACAAAGGUCACUGCAAAGGAUCAUACAUGAAGGCACCAGAUAACGAGUAUAUCACUGUCUCUUGCGAACUCUUUGAGCCAGAGGCCUCACAGCAGGAAGAGAAACCCCACCUGCUGGGAGGAGAACAUGACCACCAUCAUUACAAGCAUGAGGAUCACCAUGACGAGGGGCAUGACCACCAUCAUGACAAGCAUGUGGAUCACCAUGACGAUGGGCAUGACCACCAUCAUGACAAGCAUGAGGAUCACCAUGACGAUGGGCAUGACCAGCAUCAUGACAAGCAUGAGGAUCACCAUGACGAUGGACAUGACCAGCAUGAUCAUGGGCCUGGCCACCACCAUCAUCACAAACAUCUGCAUGCUCAUGAGCACCAUCACUAUGGCAAUAAAUCCCCUUCUCAGAGAGCUAUCACCCCUCAUUACGAGGAGACAGAGGGAGAAGUGCUGUAUCUGCCACCUAUCGACGUACCAAAUGUUUACAAUGCCGAUGCAGACAAGCCUGUUACUCUUCCCAGUUUCCAUGACACUCCAGUUGCUUCUCAAGGUCCCAUCAUCCAUCCUUUCCCUACAAUGAUUGGAGAAAAGUGUCCUGGUCAGCCAAAGAAUAAGGUGAACCUGAUUCAGCAGCUGUAUAAGGAGGAUCAAGGAUUCUUCAAUUAACUGAUUAAAAAACAACAAUAAUAAUAAUAAUAAUAAUAAUAAUAAUAAUAAUAAUAAUAAUAAUAAUAAUAAUAAUAAUAAUAAUAAUAAUAAUGUAACUCAUCUAAAACAACAGUACUGCUUUA